UGCUCGUCGAGCUCUAUGCCACCGAAUCGGACGCUGGCGGGCGUUGGCCCAUAGCGAGACGACGCCGUCGGUACGCCUCCUCCCCCACUCGCCCGGCGAAUCAAGAUUCCUUGACCCUGUUCUUGCUGCGGCCCGGCGGCGUAGGCAACACCGGAGUCCUCCGAUCCGAUUCCAACCGGCGCACAAGUUCGCCACCGGCAGCUCACCAUGGCGCAGCCACUCGCCUCCUCCCAAGAUUCCCCCAAUCCCUCUGCUCCGGAACAGAGAGUAGUGGUGACGAACAAGCAUGGGGAGAAUCUUGUGGGGUUGCUGCACCACACUGGUUCCAACAAGGUUGUAGUCUUGUGCCAUGGCUUUAGGGCUUCCAAGAAUGAUAGCAUCAUUGUUGAUCUAGGGGCUGCACUAGCAAAUCAAGGGUUUAGUGUGUUUCGCUUCGAUUUCAGUGGAAAUGGAGAAAGCGAAGGUGAAUUCCAGUAUGGCAACUACAGGAAGGAGGCUGAUGACUUGCAUUCUGUUGUCUCGUAUCUUUACCGGGAGAAGUAUGAUGUAACAGCAAUUGUUGGUCACAGCAAAGGUGGAGAUGUGGUGGUUCUAUACGCUUCUAUCUAUGGUGAUGUCCCCAUGGUUGUUAACCUUUCUGGUCGAUUUUAUUUGGAGAAAGGCAUUCAAGAGCGCCUAGGCAAAGAAUUUAUGGAUAGAAUAAACAAAGAAGGCUAUAUUGAUGUCUUGAACAAAUCAGGAAACGUUUUAUACAGAGUAACCAAAGAGAGUUUGAUGGAAAGAUUGAACACUGAUAUGCGUGCAGCAAGCCUUUCCAUCAGCAAAGAAUGCAGGUUCUUUACAAUUCAUGGUUCCACUGAUGAGAUCAUACCUGUGGAAGAUGCAUAUGAGUUUGCAAAGCUUAUACCAAACCACAAACUGUGUGUCAUCGAGGGAGCAAAUCAUUGCUAUACCGCUCAUCGCAAAGAACUUUCUGAUGCCGUUGUAGGCUCCAUCACAUCCAAUGAGGCAGGAAACACCCCACCCUAAAGCUGCUUGCCCUGGCGGCCGUCUGUGGCUUCAUCCAAUGCCGCCCCUUAGUCACCUUAAAGGCAUAAAACAUAGGCAAACCACGGUUUUGCUAUUUUUCAAGUGUAGCCUGGAACAUUGAUGUUUGUCCAUUGUGCACAAUUAAUGGAUUCAGUUCAUACAA